GUUGUGCUUCGAAGAAAGAAUUUUCAGCGUAUCGAAAAUUCAAAGAACGCAGCAGUCUUAGUGCAUUAUUCUGUAAAACGGUAGGGCGAGAAUCUUGGGAGUUGUAUACAAAAGCGAUUUAAAUGUUCGCCAUAUUGAUUUAAGGUCGAGUAUCGUGUUCCUGGGGAGGAAGCAACGAAUAACGGCUGGACUUUCGAAAAAUAAGUCUGACUAACUUUGAUAUUUUUAUCUGCAACGUUUGCUGUUGACGUAAGGAAUAUCAUUGUUAUUGGAGUGCUGAAGGGCGUGACGUGCAUUAAGUGGUAGAAGUUCCCAAGAGUAAAGAUGGCCUGCGCAACUUUGAAGAGAACGCUGGAUUUCGAUCCAGUCCACAACCACGGAAGACCAUCAAAACGUAGACGUUGUGCUCCAAUGUGUGUAUCACCUAAUUCAUCAACAUCUAACCAGCCUGAACUUCAUCCGUCUCCUUUUGGGGAGGUUUGCCCAAAACUCACUCCGGAGAAAAUGGCUGCAAGCAUUCGUGAGGAAAUUCGGCGGCUUCAUCGGCGAAAACAGCUUGGCUUCUAUCCGGGUCAUGAAUGCUCAAAUCAGGAAUCAUCAUCAGAUGGAGCGAUGGAGUCCCCAGGUUCACCGUCUACCGCAUCAUUUGCAACGACAUAUUCCAGCAGCCGGGAGAAACCUUUAUUUACGUUUAGAGAGGUUGGUUUGAUUUGUGAACGCAUGCUGAAGGAGCGAGAGAGCCAAAUUCGUGAGGAGUACGAUCGUGUUUUAAACAUAAAGCUAUCAGAGCAGUAUGAUGCCUUUGUGAAAUUUACUUAUGAUCAGAUUCAGAAACGUUUUGAGGCUGCUGCUGUACCAAGUUAUUUGUCUUAAACAACUGUUGCUGCCAUGAAUGAUGCAGCAGCUCAAAUUCUUUCAGAACCACGUUUUCCUUGUAGUCUUAAAUGCUGUGCCUAAUAAUUAUAUAAAUUGCUGAGUAAAAAUGCAAUGAACAGACUUCAUAAGAAGACGAAAUUGGUAGAAAGGAAAUCUGUGCAUAGCAGUGGGGAAUUAUGUAUGUUGCUAGGCAUUUCCCUUUAUGUUGACUGCAUAUUGUCAAUAAUAAAUAUUUUGUACAUGUCCCGGUUGCCACAGUUAACUUGAACCCUAGUUGUGCCAUGUAAUGAGCAACUGUUUAGAAUUGUUUUGCAGUAUAACUGAGAUCUUAAAGUGAAAGGCAGUUGAAAAUAAUAAGUUCACUUAAAGUACUAGAAGUAAAGAUAUUUCUAUGGAGGCAUGCUGAAUGUUAGCGAUAAAGUCGCUUUGCUGAGAAUUGUGGAAACCUGAUUGGUGACAAAUGAAGUCAAUGCAGUAAUAGUGAACUGGCUUGAAUGUGUAGAAGAAAUUCAUUGUCACAUCAUGCACAUAUUAAUAUAUCAGCUUAUAUUUCCAGAAGGCUCUGUUACGGAAAGGAUAAUUGCACUUCUGUGUAGUGUGGAAAGGAGUGGCAUGACAUGCAGAGGAGGAAUUGAUGACACCGAACUGUAGGACUGUGCACUUCAUAUCGUACUGUGGAACAGCUGUAAAGUGGAAAAUUUGUCUUCAAAAUUAGUUAAUCCUUGUUUAUUGUUGUAUUGUAUAACAAACAUUUUGAGAAUAUUAAAGUGUGACUGUCACCUCAUUCACUAAAUGCUGUUUCAUUGAUAUUGUGCUUAAAUUGAUAAUUUAGUUAAUGUAGAUUGUAAUGCUGAGUGUAACAUAUUAGGCGUACAUAGGAAUAUUGUCAAUCAGUGACUGAUUCUGCAGCCAGUGAAAGGUAAGUAUACCUCUGUGUGUGUGUGUGUGUGUGUGUGUGUGUGUGUGUGUGUGUGUGUGUGUGUG